AUUGCUUCCUACGCAUGGCUUUUGGGAUUGCCUCAGCUCCUGAGGUUUUUCACAGGACUGUACAGCAAAUAUUUGAUGGCAUGGAAGGUGUGGGAGUCUUCCUGGAUGAUGUAGUCGUAUGGGGUACUACAAGGGCAGAACAUGAUGAGCGAUUGAGGAAAGCGAUGGCACAAGCUCGGAAAACAGGAAUGAAACUGAACAAACAAAAGUGUCAGUUUGGGGUGAGAGACAUUAUUUACCUGGGAGACAGACUUUCUGCAGCAGGGAUACAGCCAGACCCUGUAAAAAUAAGGGCUAUAAAAGAAAUGCCACAACCCAAAGAAAACACUAAGCUGCAACGUGCAUUAGGCUUAGUCAAUUAUGUGGGAAGAUUUAUUCCAAAUCUGUCGGCUAACACAAAGGCAUUGCGCAGUUUGCUGGAAAGUGGAACUGAGUGGCGAUGGGAGCACGAACAUGUGACGGAAUGGGACAUGCUCAAGAACAGCCUAGUUAAAGAACCAGUGCUAAAAUUCUUUGAUCCUGAGCUUCCAGUGAAAGUAUCUACAGAUGCUUCAAAGGAUGGACUUAGAGCUGUUCUUCUUCAAAAACAUGACUUGGCAUGGUUUCCAGUGGCGUAUGCAUCACAUCAGUGACAGAGGCAGAAAGAAACUAUGCGCAAAUAGAGAAAGAGACAUUAGGAGCAGUUUUUGGAUGUGAAAAUUUCCAUGAAUACAUUUAUGGAAGAGAAUUGGUACUGGAAACUGAUCAUAAACCACUGAUUGCGAUCUCAACGAAGGCAUUAGGAGAUGCUCCUCCUCGCAUCCAAUGGUUAAUGCUCCGUCUCCAGAAAUACAGUCUGACGUUUGAGUUCACUCCAGGGAAGCACCUGGUUAUGGCAGAUGCACUCAGCAGAGCAUCUUUGAGCCAUACAGGAUCAAGAAACAGGGAACAUGAUGUGCAGGUUCAUGUAGACUGUAUACAAAAACACCUACCAGUGCCUGAGGAUAAAUGGAGACAGAUUGCUGAAGCAACGGCAGAUGAUCGUGAGCUACAAGCUGUAAUAGAAAAAAUCCACCUGCCAAAAGACCAGAAGUUGUCAAAUUCUUAUCAGAGCUUUAAAGAUGAGCUGCCAGUUGUCCAUGGGGUGCUCCUGAGAGGUGAACGGAUUGUCAUAAAUACCACCAUGUGCUCACAAAUGGCAAAACUCACACAUGAAGGACACUUAGGCAUAGAGAAAUGCAAGAGACGUGCAAGAGUUUUGUUAUACUGGCCACACAUGAAUAGGGACAUUGAAGCACUGGUGCAGCGCUGUGAGACAUGCCAGCGGCACAGGUACCAGCAACCUAAGGAAAACCUUAUGGCCAACAAUAAACCUGAGGAACCAUGGAGAAAGGUCGGAACAGACUUAUUUUACCUAGCAGGGAGGGACUACCAGGUCAUCAUGGAUUAUAAGUCAAAUUAUCCAGAGCUGGCGAUGCUGACUAAUACAACAGCACAGCAAGUGAUAAAACACACUAAAGCCAUCUUCGCGCGACAUGGAAUUCCGGUGACUGUGGUAAGUGACAACGGACCACAGUUCAGCAGUCAGGACUACAGGGACUUUGCAGAGACUUAUGGGUUUGAACAUAUAAUAUCUAGUCCACUGUACCCACAGUCAAACGGCUUGGCUGAAAAAGGAGUACAGAUUAUAAAGUGUCUGCUAAAGAAAACUGCUGAGACUGGAGAGGAUCCUUAUUUAGCACUGCUAAACUACAGAGCAUCCCCUCUUGAAUGUGGACGGUCUCCAGGUGAAAUUCUCAUGAACAGGGGGGAGCUGAGAACACGGCUACCCUCAGCAGAACACCUGCUUCAGAAGAGAUAUGAGCUGUGUCCCAAAGUUGAGUGUACAAACUUCGAAGGCCACGGACUUCGAAGACCGGUCUCCGAAGUGCACGAAGGGCCCUCCAAAGUGCGUGAGAUGCUCCACCUUAGCAGGAUUUCAUAAUUCCUCCACUUGGUGUUUCCAAUUAGCGCUCUGUCGCAUAGCAACGGUUCGAGCGGAGCACUGACGAGAAGACAAUCCUGCCAGGAGAGGUGGAGCCAUCCCAGAGCGGUUUUUGUUUUUAUGUUUUUAUGUCAAAGUGGAGAAGCCUCUGGUAUAACCAAGACCGAGGCCAAGUUACACUGGUUUGCUGUGUCCUUUGUCGGAUUACAACUUUAAAUGCAGACUAGACCCCUGUGCAGGAUAGAGCUGAAUGUGGCAGUGCUGGACAGGUGUUUAAUGGUUUUGGCCCUGACAGAGCUGCUGGAUCUUCUGAGAAGUGAACGCCAACAGUGAUGGGUUCCACAAUCCAGACCCUGGUGUUUCUCUUCUAUCUGCUGCCAGUGGUACAUCAUAAAGAUGGUCUCCAGAGUGUUUGACAUGUGCCUCAUUCAACUGUCAAUGCAUUGUCCUCCAAGUCUCUGCUUCACCAAGAGAUUGACCUCCUGAAGACCUCAGAACACAUGGAAGCAGCGCUGGGCUCAGACUGAUGUUGUUUUUAUGAUUUUGAAACUAAACUAUGCUGUAAUUGGUUGUAAAAAGUACUUUCAAUUAUAGAGCAAUUUGUUUUAAUGUGUAAAAAAAAUAUUUACAGGAUGAAAAAAUAAAAGAAUGUUUUGAGAAAAAAUGUAUAAGCUGCAUUAAACAAAUUAACAACGUACAUAAGUACUUCUUUUAUUUACACAUGAAUAUGCAAAAAAAUAAUAAUAUACAAAAUGUACUUAUUUACAAACAAAUUACACACAAAAAAUGAAUAAUGUACGCAACUUGCGCCACAAAAAUAAACUACUGAAAUUAGGUUGUUUCAUUGACAAUAUGAUAUUUUAAAAAGAUGCUGAAAAACUGUAAUGUACCCAUUUUUUCCCCACUGUUUUCUCUUGACUAAUGAAGAAUAUAUUUGUUAAGCAUUCUCUCAAGAAGAGAAAGCUUGUGCUCCUCCCUCUCUCUCUCUCUCUAUCGAGUUUGAUGUAAUCCUUGAGCAGCUCCACUCGCUCCCUCACCUGUCCCGGGACACUUAGCAAAUAAACCAUGUCUGUUAACAAUGAAUGAAUGAAUUUCAGCAAAAAUUGUAUUAAAUCUUUCCCCAGCAUGCUCACUUUCUCCAGAAUAGUACUGAAAUGAGAAAAUGGAAACACUUGAAAAAAACAAAAAAAAAAAAACAAAGAGAUAAAUAUGACACAGCAGGAUAUGCAUACAAAAUACUGAAAUGCUAAAGUUUGGUUUCAAUAUUUAUAGACAUCUCUUGCAUGACAGCACUUCAAAAACCCAACAAAGAGAAAGACAAUUGCCUUAUACUAUAUAUAAUCUUGACUUGACUGUCUUAUUGUUUGUGUACUUUAUGUAAAAAAAAAACACUGGAUUUUAACAAUUUGGCUAGAUAUUUGGGUAAAUGAAAACACAAUACUUACAUUUCAAUGUGAAGUCCCCCACAGAACUCUCACCUGCCUUGUUAGGUUGUGACGCUGUGACGCAAUAGCAGUCCACAUCCGCACUUCGGAGUCCACGCACUUCACUUUGGGACACCCUUCACCGCGUUGCUGUGACGCAUUCACACUUCAAAUGUGCACUUCGGAGACCACGCACUUAAAUUUGGGACACAGCUAUGGAGAUUAUAAAGAUAAACAGCCAGAGCAGAACCUAUGACAGGAAUGCCAAACAGUUAUGCCCACUGGAACAAGAGGACACGGUACGUGUCAGAUGUGAUGGAAAAUGGGGACCGGUUGCAAAGGUCAUCAAAGAGACAACACCAAGAUCCUACGAGGUACUUACAGAGUAUGGUAACACACUGCGAAGAAAUCGCCGUCACCUGCUGAAAGUACCAAGCACCUGUAUUGAAAGUACAGACAUAGUUAUCUCUGAUGGACUAACGGAGCAAACCCAAGUAGAAAAACACUCACCUAGCUCUACAACCAUCACUGAAAACAUCACAGAAAACUCACCCUCCACUGAGAUAGGUGGGGGAAGACCACGUCAUCACGCAAAGAAACCUAAACGGUUAAUAGAAGAGUGUUAAGUUAGUUAAAAAAAAAGGGGGAGAUGUACUGAUACUGACUAUAGUAACAGUUAACCAACAGAGGGCGUCAUUUAGCUGUGUUGCUUUAUGUUGCUUGUAAACGGAGGUUGAGCAAUAAAGCACUCUUGAGAAGGGCAGUCUGUGUAAUGUGUGCAGUCAAUACAGUAGCCAGUACAAACAUAACAGGGAAUUUAUCAUUUAUCAAUUUAUCA